AUGACACCCAAGAAGAAGACGAGUAGUAAAUUGACAAAAUUAAAAAUUUUGUAUCGUCGACGAACGAAUAUUUUGGGCUCCGCCAACCUAAUUAAAUCGUUUAACGACACGUUCGACCCUGCUAAUAGUGGUCAAGUGCCCAUUCGCAUUCAACGUCUUGAUGCGCUAUGGCGUGAAUUCGAGGAAACUCAAGAAGAAAUUGAGAUCUUGGAGGAAGCAGAACAGGAUUUUCUCCAAGAAAGAGAAGAGUUCCAAACCCUUUAUUACGAGCUCAAAGCGUCGUUACAGGGUAAACUUCCUGUACAACCACCCGUACCUCCACCACUUCCUUCUGCCCAACCAUUGAAUUCCUCCGUUCCUAUUUCGUCAAGCGUUCGUUUGCCCGAAAUUAAAUUAAAAGAGUUCACGGGUAAUCUCGAAGAUUGGAUUCCGUUUCGCGAUCUGUUUGUCUCGCUUAUACACUCGAGCGUGCAGCUAACUGCGGUGCAGAAAAUGCAUUAUUUACGAGCUGUACUCCAUGGCGAUGCAGCUCGUAUAAUUUCUUCGCUAGAGAUUUCUGCCAAUAACUAUCUCAUUGAGUGGAAUUUGUUGAAGGAACGAUACGAAAACCCGAAAUUGUUGGUAAAACGGCACCUGUCUGCCAUACUCACAAUUCCUGCGUUAAAAAAGGAGUCUGCACAGGGCCUUGCAGAACUUGCCGACGAGUUCGAUCGCCAUGUGCAACUGUUGGAUAAGCUCGACGGCGCUGAGAACCACUGGAAUUCAUUCCUGGUCGAACGGUUGAGCCAAUGCCUUGAUCCCAUUACACUUCGUGAGUGGGAAACACACGUUUCUGAAGACGACGAUUAUCCGAAGUAUCAAGAACUCCUCGAGUUUAUCCACAGAAGAUCGCGAAUCGCACAAACUCUUAAGCUCUCCAAAUCGGCAAACGUCCAAUCCGAGAAUAAACACCCCAAAUCACGGGCAAUCACUUCUCACAUCGCCUCUGACAAUGGGUCCAGGUGUGUCAGCUGUAAGCAAGUACACUUCCUGUUCCAGUGUGAACAAUUUCGAACGCUCUCCCCCCAACAACGGUUUGAAGUCGUGAAGAAGCAUAGACUAUGCAUCAAUUGUUUGAAAGGAACACACCAAGCGAAGAACUGUUCCAGCGGGUCCUGUAAAAGCUGUGCGAAAAAACAUCAUUCGUUACUACAUCUGCCUCCCCUCUCAUCGGCCACUGGUUCACAACCAGUAACAACAACAAAGCCACCGGUGCUGAACAAACCCGUUGAAGCAAAUAGUUCGCAAUCGUGUCAAAUGUCGCACUUCAUUCCGAAUCGUGUCGAAGGCUCGCCGUCAGAAGAGCCCGCGGUAGUCUUACCACCUGUCACACCAUCGGUUCUCUCGCAGUCGUCGCGCGGUAGUUCUCUCCCAAAUCAUUCAGUGUCGUCGGUUGAUUUCGUUGUAAACCCUCCAUCCACUGCCUGUCAAAGUGCAGAAGUGAUCACCCAAGCUCGGCAGUCAACAGUUAUUCUGUCAACCGCAGUGAUUAAAGUGAAAGACGUUGAUAACAAAUACAUCCUCGCCAGAGCUCUGUUAGACAGCGGCUCACAGCCAAGCUUUAUCUCUGAAGCUUUGUGUCAAAGGCUAAGACUGAAGCGGACAAGGUUAAACUCACCGGUUAGUGGAAUCGGACAAUCCGUAGUCAACGUUCGCUACUCUGUAUCUUCAACAUCAGUCAAAGUGUGGACAUUAUCACUAGAGCAGCAAACGCCUGAAACCAGUGGACAUCAAACCUGUCACAUUUGUGUUGACGAAACACUCGAUUCCCAACUCCAGCGGUUCUGGGAAAUUGAAAACUUUGACGAAGGUAAAGCACUUACUCCAAAUGAACAACAUUGCGAAGAGCACUUCCAAGCCACCGUCGCCCGUGAUGAUACCGGCCGCUAUAUUGUCCGUCUGCCGCUCAAGGAAGAAAAGCUGUCAAUGCUUGGAGAUUCGCAUACUGCUGCCCUGCGGAGAUUCCAACAAAUGGAAAAAAGGUUCGCUGGCGAUCAAGAUCUUCAUCACAGCUACAUGCAGUUCAUGAGUGAAUACGAGAGCUUGGGUCACAUGGAAGAGGUAUCCGUCGCGUCGCGUAGCCCACAGUUUUUUCUUCCCCACCAUGCCAUCCAGCGCCCAGAGAGUACGACUACCAAAACACGUGUGGUGUUCGACGGAUCCUGCCGAGGGCCUGCCUCGAUAUCGUUGAAUGAUGCACUGUAUAUCGGACCCACAGUGCAACCAGCCCUCUUUUCUACCGUCGCAAACUUCCGUCUGCCACGUUUCGCCAUCACCGCUGAUGCGGAGAAAAUGUUCCGGCAAAUAUGGAUCCACCCUGAUGACCGGAAAUACCAGCAGAUCCUCUGGCGGGACAAUCCAUCCGAUAUGAUUCGAUCGUAUCAACUGAAAACCGUUACGUACGGUCUGGCAAGCUCACCGUUCCACGCUGCUCGCGUGCUGAAUCAACUAGCCAUCGACGAAGGUCAUCGUUACCCACUAGCUGUUCCAGUCAUUCUGAAAGGCACCUACGUGGACGACGUCAUCUCAGGACACGACAAUCACGACACUAUGGUCCAAACAUGUGAGCAGCUGAUGGAGAUCAUGAAGUCUGCAGGGUUUGUUCUGCGAAAGUGGGCCGCAAAUUACAAAACGGUUCUCAGUAAAGUUCCCCAAGAGUUGUGGGAAACAUCUUCAGAAUUAGAGCUCGAUCGUUCGCAAGCAAUCAAAACACUGGGUCUGCUGUGGUUCCCCCAACCGGAUGUGUUCAAGUUCAAGGUCCCAGCACUUCCUGAACUAAAUGUCGUAACCAAACGGAUAGUAGUGUCCGAGAUGUCUCAACUCUUUGAUCCACUGGGACUCCUCGGACCAGUGAUCGUAAACGCAAAAAUGUUUAUACAACACCUCUGGGCAGCUAACUUGUCGUGGGAUUCUGAGAUUGCGGAAGAGUCAGCAACUUGGUGGAAGAAAUACCGAACUGAAAUAAGGCAACUCCAAGCUCUGCAAGUUCCCAGAAGGGUUCUGUGGAACACUGAACGAAAAUGCACGAUCCAUUGUUUCUGCGAUGCCUCGCAAAAGGGAUACGGUUGCUGCAUCUACAUGGUGUCACCAGAUGAGUUAGGUCAACUACAUUCCCAUCUACUCACGUCAAAAUCUCGAGUAGCACCUCUUCGAGGGUUAUCUAUUCCACGCUUGGAACUUUGCGCAGCUCUCCUCGGGAGUCAACUGGUCCACAGCCUCACAAGCAACCUCAACUUUGCAGUGCCAGUGAUGUUUUGGACCGACUCAACUGUCACUACACUACACUGGAUCAAAUCCAGAUCGAAUACAUGGAAAGUAUUUGUCUCAAACUGCAUCGCAGAGGUUCAGCGCCUAUCGAAAGAAUCGCAAUGGAUGCACGUGCCGACCGACCUGAACCCUGCCGACCGCAUCUCCCGAGGAAUGCUUGCCAGCCAGAUCCUUCACGACAAGUUGUGGUGGCAUGGUCCAGCGUACCUCACCUCCCCCGUCGAGUUGUGGCCGAAGUGUGCGGUUUCGAUGCCGACCAAGUCGGAAUUACAAGAAGAGAAGCGCCCUUUGGUGUCCCUAAAUUCGGUCGAAGAGAACGCAACUGUUUUCAAUGAAUUCUCAGAAUUAGCAAAGCUAACAAGAUUCGUCGCUUACUGUUUCCGAUUUCGGAACAACUGCAAAUUACCGAGAAAUCAGCGUGUGCUCACUGCCCUGGCGCCUAAGGAAGUGGAAUGCGCGUUAAAAUCACUGGUUCGCCUGGCUCAGCAACAAGAAUUUCCAAUGGAGGUUCAACAGUACACCCGUAAUGCCACGGAAACCACUGGCAGAAUUGCAUCGAAAUCGCCACUCAAGAAUCUCAACAUUUUCAUGGACGAAUUCGGACUGCUUCGUAUUGACGGGCGACUGAAAAACUUGGAUGCACCAUUCGAUACCCGUCACCCAAUGCUACUCCCAGCAAAUCACAAGUUGAGCUGGCUGAUUGUUCGGUCCAUUCAUCUCCAGACUCUCCAUGGUGGACCUUCUCUAUUACUCGCCACAGUUCGACAACGAUUUUGGCCACUCCGGGGUAGAGACUUGGCUCGUAAGGUUAUACGCAAAUGCGUCACGUGCUUUCGGUGCAAUCCUACUCCGGCAAACCAGCUCAUGGCACCUCUACCGUCUGUCCGCCUCAAGCCAGCUCGAGCCUUUACGUAUGCUGGGAUGGAUUAUUGUGGACCGUUUUUCGUUCGUCCACUGAUUGGGAGAGGUUCGUCGGUUAAAGUGUACGUCGCGUUAUUCGUCUGCUUGGUGGUAAAGGACGUGCACCUCGAGAUUGUCGCUGAUCUGUCGACCGCCGCGUGUAUCAACGCCGUCAAACGCUUUAUCGCCUGUCGCGGUCGAGUUCUCGAGAUACAUUGCGAUAACGCAACCGCAUUCGUCGGGGCGGAUCGCGAGUUACGGAAGCUGCGGAAGGAAUUCCAGCAGCAGUUUAAGUCCGCAGAAUGGGGCGAGUACUGUGCAGGAAAUGGCAUCACGUUCCGAUUCAUCCCGGCACGUUCGCCACAUUUUGGUGGCAUCUGGGAGGCCGGGGUGAAAUCAUUUAAGUACCACUUCCGCCGUAUCAUGGGACAAAAGGCUUUCUCAAUGGAUCAACUUCUCACGGUCGUAGCCCAGAUCGAAUCUGUCCUGAACUCUCGCCCUCUCGUCCCUCUUUCCGAUUCUCCAGAUGACCUAACAGCUCUGACACCAGGGCACUUUUUGAUUGGGGAGCCUCUAGUCUCAAUCUCCGAGCCAGACCUGCUUCAUCUGUCCCCUAAUCGCCUCACCCGUUUGCAGGACAUGCAACGCUCAGUUCAAGAUCUGUGGCGCUGCUGGUCUCGGGACUAUGUAAGCCAGCUACAUCAGCGUAGCAAGUGGAGACGCCCAUCUGCGGACGUUCGAAAGGGUCAACUGGUGCUUUUGAAACUCGACAACUACCCCUCACUACAAUGGCCUCUCGGACGCAUCGUAGAAACCAUAGCCGGGUCAGACGGCCGAGUCCGCGUUGUGGUGGUUAAAACAAGUGCUGGGGAAUACAAGCGGGCAGUCACGGAGAUUGCGGUGCUCCCAAUCGAUUCCGACAACGAAGAGAAGGAUGGAUCAGCAUUAUCGCCACCUGGCGACCCAGUAGUCGGUUGA